AUGUGUGUACUGACACGUUUCUCCGAUAGCCGUCAAGUGUAUCAUUACGAUGCUGAAAAUUAUAACUUCGAGCUUCUUGGUAGCCUAGACAGUUGUCUCAUCGGAAAGCUCAGUUGUCUCACCGGAAAGCUAUCGUUCGGCUAUUUCAUUGGUAUCCUAGCCCGCAUGGACAUCUUUCCACGUCGUUUCGAACUUUGCUUGAAGAACGUCGCCCGGUGGGCAGACUAUUGUUUCUGUAUAUUGCCUGGAAUCGACGAUAGUCCGCCACUGAAUAGUGUGCUGGCUGAUAAGAUGCUCGAAUGUUCCGCCUUCGAAGUUAACGUCGUGUUAAUUUUCGCUCCUUUGUCGGAACAUGAUAUUGCCGCCGCAGACACAGGAUUGAGAAGUGCAAGUGCGCACAUGGUGAUCAUCAAAAGCGCCGAUGAGCUCGAAUGGGCACUUUUUGGUUCUGCUCUUGAGCCGUUGUAA